AUGAACAAAGUUACUUAUUUAUUAACUAAUUUAUUAUUGGGUUGCAACAUAGUAUUUGCCCUUCCAUUUUGGAAAAGAGCAGAUCCUUCUUAUGUAAACCAAUCAGAUGAAGAGAUCAUCCAAAGUGUUGUCGGACAACUUAAUGAAACGUUGAAAAAUAAAAAUAAGUGUACAGGUUGUACUGAUAGCUUGGAAAUAGGUAAAAAUUUGGCUCUUCAGAGACCUGAUUUGGUCCCAAAUGCAUUCACUGAAUGGUGUGUGGUAACAGGUCAGGGAAGCAAUGGUUCGUGUUCAUUAACUUAUGGUAAAUCUACGGUUACAGAUAGUAGUACAGGUAGCGACGUUGCAGAUAUGUUGACUUUAAUCAACCCAACUGGAUAUGAUGGCCAAUUAUAUUGUCACUAUGUCCAAAAUGGUAAAUGUCCAAAACCACAGACACCAGUAGUCGAUAUAUCUGAUAUGUGGCCUCCCAAGGCAGAAGAACAUACUGUAGCUCCAGUUCCAUCAUUUAACGAUACAUUUAAUGUUUUACAUUUUUCUGAUUUUCAUAUAGAAUUGAAUUACACAGUUGGUGCAGAAGCAAACUGCACCACAACGACAAUGUGUUGUAGCAUUCAUUCUUCUAAUAGAGUAAAGCAUACUGGUAAAUCAUCUAAAGAAGGAAAAUGGGAUUCGUUUUAUGAAUCUACCUAUAACGAUAAUUUAACUUUUUCUAAGGGUCCUUAUGUUGAUGUCUUUGCAAAUACUGAUAUAUGGGUCCCAGCUACAUCCUUUGGUAAUUAUCAAUGUGAUUCACCUGAACUUCUAGUUAAUUCAUCAUUGAAUUCUGCUAUCAAAUACGCUAAACAGAAUAAUUUGGAUGUUCAAUUUACAAUAUUCACUGGUGAUAUCAUUGCACACGAUGAAUCUAAGUAUUUGACAUUAGAAACUGCUAUGGAGUCGGAAGAGUUCAUUUUUAGAGAUAUGAAGACUAAUUUGGGUAACAUUCCAGUGUAUCCUGUGUUAGGUAACCAUGAUACUUACCCGUACGGUGAAAUCGCUCCUGAACAAUAUGGUUUUGCAAACAAAUUUACAUGGAAUGAAAACUUGAUGGCAGAUUUAUGGCAAGGUUAUGGUUGGUUGAAUUUUUCUGAAGCUGAGUAUGCCAGAAAGCAUUAUACUGGAUAUGCUGUUGAGACAGAACUGGGUUUGAAAGUUAUCUCUUUGAAUUCUAAUGCAUGGUUGAGACAAAAUUAUUAUGCUUUCAUUAAUUCAACAGAGCCAGAUAAUUUUGGACAAUUCAAAUUUCUAAUUGAUGAAUUAAUCCAAAGUGAAGCGAUUAAUCAAAGGGUAUGGAUCGUCGCACAUGUUCCACCAGCAACAGGUGGAUUGCCUUUACAAGCUAAUGUAUUCGCCCAGAUCGUAGAACGAUUUUCACCUUCUACAAUUGCUGGUAUAUUCUUUGGUCAUACACAUCUGGAUCAAUUUGAGGUCAUGUAUGCUGGUUCCGGAGGUAAUUCUAAAACAAUUGAGAAUGUAAUCAAUAAUGCAUGGAUUGGGCAAUCUGUAACGCCCUUUGUAGGUAAUAAUCCUUCGUGGAAAUACUAUGUAGUCGAUAAAAAGACGUUCUCAAUUAUGGAUGCUCAUAACAUGUAUGCUAAAUUGGACAGUACUUACUCCAACAAUGGUGAAGAACCAAAAUGGUUAUAUGAAUAUAGUGCUAGAUCAGCAUACAACAUCACGUGGCCUCUAACGUCUCCAUUAAAUGCGACGUACUGGCACCACGUCGCGCAAGCUAUCAAUUACUCGGUUGUAGCAAGACAAACAUAUAAUAAUUAUGCUGGUAGGUUGUCCCCGUCAACACCUAAUUGCGCAAAAUCUAACAGUUGUACAUCCGACUAUUGUUUUGUAUCGUCAUUUACUGUCGAUGAGUAUGAUGACUGUAUGGCUGCUCUCCCAAAGCACUGA